AUGGUGGCAUGCGGACAUCAAACAAUUAGGCUUGGCGGGUUCCAUGCCUCAAGGCUCGUCGUGGAUCUUUGCCUCCCUCCAUAUCUUCUUAGCUUUGUGGCUAAGAACGAUGAUGAAUCUGAAGUGCGUGCAUGGGGACCAAAUCUUUACCCUCCUAGUGGUUUCAUGAGUUUUAUGAAUAGCACAGCAAGCCCUAGAGGCUUAGUGAGCAAUGGGAGUAAAUUGCAAGCAAUCAAUCUUGCUGAUGAUGAAGAUGAUGGCAAGUGUGGUAGGACUGAAAAACGCAUGCUAUGGACAAAAAAGGAGGAUCUGAGAUUGGUUAGUGCUUGGUUAAAAAGUUCAAAUGAUCCUAUCCAAAUCCAACUACAGGAAAAUGAUCAAUAUUGGAAAGUCUGGAAAGAGGCCAACGCUCUAUGGGCUAGUGGUGAAUCAGAUGCAGAUAUUGAGGCUAAGGCAAUGAAAUCUUAUGAAGAAGAGAACAAAAAAGAUGGCCCAUUUACGUUUAAGCAUUGCUGGGAGGUUCUUCGAAAGGAACCAAAAUGGGAAGCCUAUUUGGAACGCCUAGAAGACCUCGAGCCGGACAAAAGAAAGUUCUGUGAAGAGGAUGAUGUGGGGAAAUGUUUCUCUCUAGAUGAUGAUGCUGAUGAGCGGCCAAUAGGAGGCAAGCAAGCUAAGGAGCAGCGCAAGAAGAAGAAAAAGGGCCAGCCGUGUAUAAUAGAUCUUGAAGAUGAGCUUAACAGCUUUUUGGAUGCUCAGAAAACAACAAAUGAAGGGCGCAAAGAGAUGUUAGAGACGCAAAGGCGUGUGUCUAGUGAGAAUCUUGAAGCUCGGAAGCUUGCGCACCUUAAAAAAAAGAGCACAAGGAGUCGAUCAUGCUAG